AUGAAUUUAGGAACAUGGAACGUACAAGGCCUCUCCACCAAAAUCAAUGAAGUUCUACGAGAAAUAAGACAACUAAAUAUGGAUAUAGUGGUGCUAACGGAAACAAAGAAGAAAGGACAAGAUUCAGAAAAUUUGGGUCAUUAUGAUCACUUCUAUUCGGGAAUAUCUAAGGACAAACGAGCUCAGAAAGGAGUAUCUAUAUUAAUUAAGAAAAGUUUAAGAAAAUACGUGUCAUCGUGGGAAGCAGUCAAUCAACGAAUUAUCAAAAUAAAUAUAGCUAUAUGCGGAAACAAAACGACAGUCAUAGGAACAUAUGGGAUUAAUGAAGACGACACAGUAAAUAACAAAGAUGACUAUUUUGAAUGUUUGUCCGAAGAAAUUUCUAAAGUAGGCACCUCAAGAGAGGUAAUUAUCCUAGGAGACCUAAAUGCAAGAACAGGCAAGAAAAUAGACGAUCAGAUGAUAGUAGGAAGAUUCGGGGAAGAAGUAACAAAUGAUAAUGGAAACAGACUUAUUACAUUAUGCCAACAAAAUACAUUAAAAAUACUGAAUGGCUUCUUCCAACACAAAAUGAUACAUAAAUACACAUGGGAAAAUUUUGACAAUCCGGAACAACACUACAGCUUUAUCAAAAAAAGCAUGAUUGCUGCAGCGGAAGAAGCCUUUGGAAGAUCCGAUAAUACUAGAAGACCAAGAACGUACUGGUGGGACAAGGAAAUUGAGGAUCUCAUAAACGAUAAGAAAGUAAAGUUCUCCAAGUUUCUAUGCACGAAAAAUGAUAAUGAUAAAAGAAAUUUUAAAGAAGCACAGACAAAAGUAAGAAAAGCUAUAACAAAAAAGAAAAACGAGACAUGGGAAAAGACCUGCACUCAAAUAAACACAUACCUAGGAGGCAGCAGAAACACAGAAAGUUGGAAAACCUUAAAAUCUCUUCGAGAAGAUAGAUCAAAUAAUCUUAUAUCGCCAAUAACAUUAGAAAAAUGGGAUGAGUACUUCUCUAUAUUGUUUACAGAAACAAGACCAGAGUUCAAAAAUCAAAGACAGGACAAUAUAAACAUCAUCACAUCUCCGCUUAGAAUUACAAUUAAAGAAGUAAAAGACGUUUGUCAGUCACUAAAGAAUCGAAAAUCUCCAGGCGCGGGUCAAAUAGCACCAGAGUUAAUUAAAAAUGGCACUGAAAAACUUUUUUCUCAUCUGCAAAUGCUUUUCCAGAAGUGUAUAAAUGGUGAAGCACUACCCCAAGAGUGGAAAACAUCUUAUAUGACUACCGUAUAUAAAAAAGGGGGCAGAGAAAAUUGCGACAACUACCGAGGACUUACAGUGCUGUGUACAAUAUCCAGAAUUUAUGGAAAAAUCAUAAAAAAUAAAAUCGAACAGGAAUAUUGCAACAUGGAGGCAGAAGAACAGAAAAAGCAAGCUGCAGACGGUCACAAACAUUCAUCGGUUUAUAAGAAGUAUAAUAAUACCGAUUAUUACGUACGUCUUGGUAGCAAAGUAGCAAAUGAAAAAGAAGAAACUGCAGAUCCCAAAGAACAUAAGGUUGAAACAAGGGUUAAAUGUCCCCUGACAACAAGAAGCAAGAAACUAUCUGCAGAAACAUGA